UUUGAUAAAGGUUACUCUUACAACAUCCGUCAUAGCUUUGGAAAGGAAGGCAAGAGGACAGACUAUACGCCUUUCAGUUGCCUGAAGAUUAUUCUGACCAAUCCACCGAGCCAAGGGGAUUAUCACGGGUGCCCAUUCCGUCACAGUGAUCCAGAGCUGCUGAAGCAGAAGUUGCAGUCAUACAAGAUCUCUCCCGGAGGGAUAAGCCAGAUUUUGGAUUUAGUAAAGGGGACACAUUACCAGGUAGCCUGUCAAAAAUACUUCGAGAUGAUACAUAAUGUGGAUGACUGUGGCUUUUCUUUGAAUCAUCCUAAUCAGUUCUUUUGUGAGAGUCAACGUAUUCUAAAUGGUGGUAAAGACGUCAAGAAGGAAUCUGUCCAACCAGAAACUCCUCAACCCAAACCAAGUAUUCAGAAAACCAAGAAUGCAUCAUCUGCCCUGGCCUCCUUAAACUCCUCUCUGGAAAUGGAUAUGGAGGGACUAGAAGAUUACUUCAGUGAUUGAUUCCUGAGAGUUUAGUAACCCUUUUUUCACUGGCCUUCAGUUCCUAUUUUUAAGAUGUUGCCUUUCUCAUUUUUAGCCUUUUUGUUUACCUUCUCGCUUCAUUCCAUCUCAUUCCAUUCAUGGGCUUAUUAGGAAAGCAGGCUUGCAGGUAAAAACAUAGACCUUCAAUGUACUUUGCUUUGACAAAAGAAUAGAGGAAAAGUUUCUAUUAAAUUUAUCACUCAUGAUUCAAGUCCUAACAGUUUUCUGGACUGGUUAAUGUCCCCCAGAAACAAUACAGUUGAAAACAACUUUUAACUCCUUAUCAUCUUUUGAUUUUGAUCCAAUCCUUUUCUGAACCAUUUUUGUUAAUAAAUAUAAAAAUGUACAUAA